AACGUUCAAGCGCUCUUUGGUUUGAUGGCAUGAGUUUGUUUCCGGAUGUUUAGCUAGUAUCGGGGCAAGAAUGGCUGCGAUGUUUACGUGUUGUCUAGGCUGCUGUGGGGAUGGCGGAUCGGGGCACAUUCCCCUCAAAGAAAUGCCCACUGUUCAAUUAGAUACCCACCAUAUGGGCACAGAUGUUGUCAUUGUAAAGAGCGGCCGGAGGAUAUGUGGCACUGGAGGCUGUCUGGCCAACGCUCCUCUGCACCAGAACAAAAGUUAUUUUGAGUUUAAGAUCCAGUCCACUGGUGUAUGGGGAAUAGGUGUGGCUACGCAGAAAGUGAAUCUUAAUCAAGUGCCUUUGGGCAGAGACACAAAUAGCCUAGUCCUGAGGCAUGAUGGGUCUGUGUACCACAACAACGAAGAGAAAAAUCGUCUACCUGCAAACAGCCUUCCUCAGGAGGGUGACAUUGUGGGCAUCACGUAUGACCAUGUGGAGCUGAAUUUGUAUCUGAAUGGAAAGAACAUGCACUGUCCUGCCUCAGGGAUUCGAGGCACUGUGUACCCUGUUGUUUAUGUGGAUGACAGUGCCAUCUUAGACUGCCAGUUUAGUGACUUCUAUCACACACCUCCACAAGGAUUCGAGAAGAUCCUGUUCGAACAACAAAUCUUCUAAAGGAGCACUUCAGCCUCUGCCCCUCUUUAUGUUGUCAUCCUCCCUUGUAUCUCAUAGCAACCUCUGUGACACUACAGUUUGACCUCGAUUGAAUAAUAUCAUAAUAUGUGGCUGUAAUGCCUCUUGUUUUGUUUCCCGUGAUUACUCUGUCUCUCUGCUGCUGCUCUGGAAUGACGUUGGAGCAUCCUUGGAGGAGUGGGGAUUUGUACACAUUGGUCAGCCACGAUGGGCUGUUAGAGUCUGCGCUGAGGAAAACCUGUCAAAUCAUUACCUUGUGUCAGUGGUAAUCGCCCCGUAUUAACUGAAACACUUUCAAUCGCUGCUUACAUUCUCGGUCUGUGUGGAGACGCCAGACAGAGGAUGUAAUGGUAAAAUGUUCCCAUUGUUCAGGAUCAGAAGCCAUGUUUUGUUGACAUUUCUUUGUACUUAAUUUUUAAAUAUGUAAUCUCCCAAAUGCCAUACUGACAUCGCUACAUACGCCCUUUAUUUAUUUCUAUUUAUCUGAGUCACAGAUCAAAGUCAUAUUUCUUUGGUUUGCCAGCAAGAGUUUGUGGACUAAUGAAGGAUCGGCUGUCGAAAGUGACAGAUCAGUCAACAAUAUCCCAUGCACUUUUAUGUUGCCUUCCUUAAUUAAAAACACAAUACAAAGCGGGGAUAUUGCAACACUUUAAUUCAUGCCGCCGUCUCAGUUUGCAUCGACACCGAGAUGGUUUUAAACACGAACUCCAGCCAACCAGUACACAUUCCAGGGGACAGCCAGUGUCUGAGGUCGACUUUUCACUGAGGGAUGCUGAGGUCAGGGUGCUGGAAAAUGUUUUGCAAAGUGAACUGUUCCGUAAAAGGCCGCCACCAAUUAAGAUUGAUUUCCAAAUCGCUUUUCUGAACAGCCCUGGAGUUUCCCCACACUUUCCCUGUCCUGAAAUCUUUUAUGGUGUUAGUAUAUUCUAAAUAUCAGAAUAUUACCAGAGCUGGUGCUGUUUGUCUCUGAUUAGAGAUACAUGGUUCAAAAUGUCAAUCUGUUGUGUUGUAUUGGCAUUGCAUAUCUGCUGCUGAAGUGUGACAGUCAUAUAUUUCAAAUGCUUGUCUUUGUUUGCACUAAUGAUGUUACUGUACAAGCAAAUCCAAAUAUUGUUGAUUCAUUAAACUUUUUGUCUGGAGGCAUAA